AUGGCUAGAUUUGGAACUAACGUAUUCAGAGGAAAGAAAGAACAAGAACUAUACGACAAGAGUAUAGCAGGAAGGUACUCCAAGCUUGUCAAGAAAAACCACUUCUUAUACCUAGGGCUUCCAUUUUUGCUUUCAAUAGUUGCUGGAUCAAUCUACCUUCAGAAAUUUACUAGUGUUAAAUGGGAAAGGUAUGACGAAAAGCACCGCCAACUAGAUGAGGAGGAGAUGUUGGAAAUGAUUGAGAACAAGCGAAAGGUUAACAAAAAGGACGAUUAUUAUAGGCUCCUGGGGUUGCUCACAGAUCAUUUGGAUAAAGUUAAAGACGACUAUGAAAUUAAAAGGAUUCACAGAAAGAAAGAGGAUGAACCAGUUUGGUGGAGAAAAUAA